AACAACACCAGAAAGUCUGCCUGGGAAAGAAAAAAAAAAUCCUAAUCCCGUUUUGAACUGUUUACCCUGACGUCAGUCCGCACGGCUCGCAGCUUCUCUCUCUCACUUCUCUGCUCUCUCAACUCCGCUUCGCCCGGGAUUUCGGGGACCGAUGGACUUGGAGUCCAUAACCUACAGACCUGGAGCCACUGACAUGAUCCCCGUCUGUUUUCCCCAGACUGGACUAAAAGCGUAACAUGAAUACCUGCGCCAUUCUUCUGCUUCUGGCUGUUCAGAUUCGCGCCGACAGCGUCGAGGGACCAACAGCAGCAGGCUGUACGUUUGAUGAGGACUCCGACCCUAGCCUGUGUGAGUUCAGCCAGGGAGAGGAGGAUGAUUUUGAUUGGCAGCUGUUCCGCGCCCACGCCUCGCCUCAUGCCACCUCUGAUCUCCUGCGUGGCUCCUACAUGAUGGUGAACUCCUCUCAGCACGCUGCAGGCCAGAGAGCACAGCUGCUGCUGCAGACACUCAGUGAGAAUGACACACACUGCGUCCAGUUCAGCUACUUCCUGUACAGCCGGGACGGCCACAGCCCUGGGACGCUGCGGGCAUUUGUGCGGGUGAAUGGUGGCCCCCUGGGCAUCCCCGUCUGGAACGUCUCUGGCUCUCAGGGCAAACAGUGGCACCAGGUGGAGCUGGCUGUCAGCACCUUCUGGCCCAAUGAGUAUCAGGUAUUGCUGGAGGCAACUGUAGACCGCUGGGGCUAUAUUGCUGUGGACGAUAUCCUGGUGCUGAACUAUCCAUGCUAUAAAGCUCCCCACUUCUCUCGGCUGGGGGAUGUGGAGGUCAACGCCGGACAGAAUGCCACCUUCCAGUGCGUGGCAUCAGGACGGGCAUCCGAGGCGGAGAAGUUUUUACUAGAGCGGCACAACGGUGAGGUGUCCUCAGGUGGCUCGGUCAAGCACCUGGGCCGCAAUCGUUUUGCUGUGUCCUUCCAACUAGAGGAUGUCCAGAAGCCAGAGCAGGACCUCUACCGCUGUGUAACCCAAUCCACAAGAGGCUCCGGGGUGUCCAACUUUGCUGAGCUCAUUGUCAAAGUGCCCCCCUCCCCCAUCGCUCCACCUCAGCUGCUGAGAGCAGGCUCCACCUACCUUAUCAUCCAGCUCAACACCAACUCCAUCCUGGGUGAUGGCCCCAUCAUCCGCCGAGAAAUUGAGUACAGAGCCAGCCAUGCGCCCUGGUCCGAAAUCAAUGGAGUCAACAUGGUCACCUACAAGCUCUGGCACCUGGACCCAGACACAGAGUACCACAUCAGUGUGCUGCUCACCCGGCCUGGAGAGGGUGGUACGGGACCCCCUGGACCCCCACUAAUCAGCAGAACUAAGUGUGCUGAGCCUAUGAGGGCGCUGCGUGGUCUGAGAGCAGUAGAUGUCCAGGCUCGUCAACUUACCCUUCAGUGGGAGCCGUUGGCCUUUAACCUGACACGCUGCCACACCUACUCUGUCUCACUGUGCUACCGCUAUGCCACAGCGGGGGGCGGUGGCGGACACAACACCACGGUUAGAGAGUGCCUAGCUGUGGAGCGCAACACCUCACGCUUCACCCUCCGAGAUCUGCCACCCUAUCACACCAUCCACGUCCGCCUGGCCCUCGCCAACACCGAGGGCAAGAAAGAGGGCAAAGAGGUCACCUUCCAGAUGGAGGAAGAUGUUCCUGGAGGAAUUGCCCCAGAGUCCCUGACCUUCACCCCUCUGGAUGACAUGAUCUUCCUCAAAUGGGAGGAACCAGUGGAACCCAAUGGUCUCAUCACUCAGUAUGAGAUUAGUUACCAGAGCAUUGAGUCGUCUGACCCUGGCAUUAAUGUGCCGGGCCCGCGGCGCACUGUCUCCAAGCUGAGAAAUGAAACAUACCACAUGUUCUCCAACCUGCACCCCGGCACCACCUACCUCAUCUCUGUUCGAGCCCGAACGGCCAAGGGUUUCGGCCAGACUGCCCUAACUGAAAUCACCACCAACAUCUCGGCACCAACCUUCGACUAUGGAGACAUGCCGUCUCCGCUGAGCGAGACAGAAGGCACCAUCACAGUGCUGCUCCGUCCCGCCCAGGGCCGAGGCGCUCCAGUCAGUACAUACCAGGUGGUGGUGGAGGAGGAGAGUGUGAGGAAAGUGAAGAGGGAGUUGGGGAUGCAGGAUUGUUUCCCUGUGCCCAUUUCACACGGAGAGGCACAGGCUCGGGGCACUCCACACUACUACACAGCUGAACUGCCCCCAAGCAGCCUGCCUGAGGCCACACCCUUCACUGUGGGCGACAACCACACCUACAAUGGCUACUGGAACAGCCCACUGGACCCCAGGAAGAACUACCUCAUCUACUUUCAGGCCAUGAGCAACUUCCGAGGGGAAACCAGGAUAAACUGCAUCCGUAUCGCCCGUAAAGCUGCUUGUAAGGACCACCGACGCGCUCUGGAAGUGUCCCAGCACUCAGAGGAGAUGGGCCUGAUUCUGGGUGUUUGUGCAGGGGGUCUGGUGGUGCUCAUUCUGCUGCUGGGAGCCAUCAUCAUCAUCAUCAAAAAAGGAAGGGACUACUACUCUUACUCUUACUAUCCUAGGAAGCCAGUGAACAUGAAUAAGACUCCCAUUACCUACAGGCAGGAGAAGAGUAAUAUGAUGGGCUCAAUGGAGCGCAGCUUCGCUGACCAGAGCACACUGCAGGAGGACGAGAGAAUGGCUCUGUCCUUCAUGGAUGCCCACACCUGCAGCACCCGCAGUGAUCCACGCAGCUCCAUGAAUGAGUCCAGCAGUCUGCUUGGUGGCUCGCCCCGGAGACAGUGUGGGCGUAAGGGCUCUCCCUACCACACAGGACAGCUUCAUCCAGCCGUCCGCGUUGCUGACCUGCUGCAGCACAUCAACCAGAUGAAGACUGCAGAAGGCUAUGGUUUCAAACAGGAGUAUGAGAGCUUCUUUGAAGGCUGGGAUGUCACAAAGAAGAAGGAUAAAAAUAAGGGAAGACAUGAUACGCUAAUGGGUUAUGAUCGCCAUCGAGUGAAGUUGCACCCUCUGCUUGGAGACCCAAACUCCGACUACAUCAAUGCCAAUUACAUCGAUAUUCGGAUAAACAGGGAAGGCUACCAUCGAUCCAACCACUUCAUCGCCACACAGGGGCCUAAGCAGGAGACAGUGUAUGAUUUCUGGAGGAUGGUGUGGCAGGAGAACUGCUUCAGCAUCGUUAUGAUCACCAAGCUUGUGGAGGUUGGCAGGGUGAAGUGCUGUAAGUACUGGCCUGAUGACACAGAGAUGUACGGAGACAUCAAGAUCAGCCUGCUGAAGACAGAAACGCUGGCAGAAUACACAGUGCGCACCUUCUCCUUAGAGAGGAGGGGUUACUCAGCUAAGCAUGAGGUGCGGCAGUUCCAUUUUACAUCGUGGCCUGAGCAUGGAGUGCCGUACCACGCCACAGGUCUGCUGGCCUUCAUCCGCCGGGUAAAAACCUCCACACCAGCCGAUGCUGGACCUGUGGUGGUCCACUGCAGUAUGGGGGCUGGCAGGACUGGCUGCUACAUUGUGCUGGACGUUAUGUUGGACAUGGCAGAGUGUGAGGGAGUGGUGGACAUCUACAAUUGCGUGAAGACUCUCUGCUCACGCCGUAUCAACAUGAUCCAGACUGAGGAGCAGUACAUAUUCAUUCAUGAUGCCAUCCUGGAAGCGUGCCUGUGCGGGGAGACAGCUAUACCAGUGAACGAGUUUGCUCUCACCUAUAAGGAUAUGCUGAGAGUUGAUUCUCAGAGCAAUUCCUCGCAGCUCCGAGAAGAGUUUCAGACUCUGAACUCAGUGACCCCUCACCUGGACGUGGAGGAGUGCAGCAUCGCCCUGUUGCCACGGAACCGUGAGAAGAACCGCAGUAUGGAUGUUCUGCCUCCAGACCGUGCCCUAGCCUUCCUGGUCACAACAGAAGGAGAGAGCAACAACUACAUCAACGCAGCACUGACCGACAGCUUCCGUCGGCCAGCAGCCUUCAUAGUGACCCCACACCCUCUGCCGGGCACCACCGCAGACUUCUGGAGACUGGUGUUUGAUUACGGCUGCACCUCCAUAGUCAUGCUCAACCAGCUGAACCAGUCCAACUCAGCCUGGCCAUGUGUGCAGUACUGGCCAGAGCCUGGACUCCAGCAGUAUGGCCCCAUGCAGGUGGAAUUCCUCUCCAUGUCUGCUGAUGAGGAUAUCGUCACUCGACUGUUCCGUGUCAAAAAUGUCACAAGGCUCCAGGAGGGUCAGCUUGUGGUGUGCCAGUUCCAGUUCCUGCGCUGGUCAGCGUAUCGUGAUGUUCCAGACUCCAAGAAGGCCUUCCUCAACCUUCUAGCCCACGUGCAGAAGUGGCAAAGAGAAUGUGGUGAGGGCCGCACAGUGGUCCACUGCCUGAACGGCGGAGGCCGUAGCGGCAUGUUCUCUGCGUGUACUAUUCUGAUGGAGAUGAUUCAGUACCAGAAUGUGGUUGAUGUUUUCUACGCUGUCAAGACCCUGCGCAAUGCCAAACCUAACAUGGUGGAGACACUGGAGCAGUAUCGCUUCUGUUAUGACCUGGUGCUGGAGUAUUUGGAGUGCAUGGAGGUCAGAUAACAACAUAUCCCCUCACUGGCUUCACUGUGAAGAGCAGGACUGCUGGCAGAUUCAUUUUCUCUCUUUCUCUCUCUAUCUAUAUAGCUUUCUCUCUCUUCUUUUUUUCUGUGACCUCCUUCCAUAUCUCUUUCUUUCCCUUUUGUCAUCUCAUUUGAAAUGGGACAAAAAAAAUACGGAAAAUUAACAUAUGAGCAGGGGCCCCCGCCUUUUUCGCCCUGGAAUGUGAAGUUCUGGUUGGUUGUUUGUGGUUUGGUAUUGGUUUUUCCGAAUUUUUUCAGCAUCUCCCGCAUCCCCCCCGGGCUCUGAGUGAUCCUCCAGAAAUAACGCAAAGCCUGGGGUCUGAUACAAAGCACGCGUGUGACUUGACUUCAUUUCCUGAGACAGUGCACUGUGUAUUCUGUGCUGAGCUGUACUGGCGCUGUGUAACACCUGUGUGUCCCUAGUUGGCUGGACUGAGGAAACGAAACAGACGUUUGCUUGGGUGUGUUCUCUUCAUGUGCAGUUCACUAGAGCCGCACAUCUGAGCCCUGAUCUGCCUCAGCCUUCAUGAGCAGCCAGGAGGAGGUCCAACCAUACACGCACUGCAAACUAAAAACUGGAUCAGCAGCCAGCUCUUCAUCAACUGCCUAUUCACAUGAUGGUGCACCUUCAGUGCAUCUCUACAGCCAGCUAGAGGUUUUCACUUAACAGCUUUGGACAUUUCUUUUCUAACUAGGUCUCUGGAGUUCACGAUAAAAGUUGUUGUGCUUGUGACUCUUAACUGUGUCAUGGACCUGCCAUGCGUGGACCACUGAGAAAACAUCAGUACUGGUCUCAGAGGCGGAGUCUAUUACUUCAGACAUGGUGCCAUACACAUUAUCCCUCUGCCUGAAAGGGGAGCUUUCAUAAAUUUGAUAGCGCUGCUGAGGCUUCACUAUCUUGUCUGUUUUUCUCUUUAUUUUUCCUCGCUUGUAUAUAGACUCAAGGUCUGCAGAUCUUCUCUUUUAAGUCUUAAGUCUGAAGAGCUAAUCCAUCUUGUGUGUGCAAAGAGGAGUGCAUUAGCCGGGUGCGGGCGGUCAGUGUCGUGAAGGAAGAGGUGGAUUACAGGCUGACCCCCAUGCCCUUCCUCAAUAGCUGCACGAGAGUAGUGCUAAUGGAGUUUUACAAGCUCGUUCAAAGACUGUAACAAAGGUGAAAUUGUACUCCUAGUGCAAAGACAGGAAUGGAAUGGAGCAUGGGGAGUCCGCCACUGUCAAUUUGUAACUAUUUAUCUUCAGACUGACUUGUGUUUGUUGAGUGGUUUCUGUUUAACACUUUGUGGACCUUUGGCUUUAGGUGACUGUUUCCCUGAAGCAGUGUUCUGAUAAGGGUGAAGAUAUAUCCUUCAGUUUGGAAUUCCAGCAGUGUGAGUCUGUUAAGCUGUCAGUUUUCCAUUUCACUGUGGGAGUACUUUCACUGGUGUUCCUCAACCAUACAGAAGACAUGAGGACGGAGCACACAUACGCAAUUAAAUCAGAGACAUUGGUCUAUUUCUACCGAGUGAAACCCACAUACCCCCCACUCAGUGACCAUUUUGAUCCCCAAAUGUGCUUUAACAUUAUGCACACACCUCUCAAAUAAUGAUCCUGAACUGUAGAAUGGUUGAAAAUGUCAUAUCAGAGAUCCAUCACAUUUACUGUCAUAGAGAGCCACACAUGCUCUCAGUACAGCUGGUGUGCAGAAUUUACAGCUGUGCAUAUGUCACCCCAGAUGUCAGGCAGGCUUCUGAGGUAACAGUGAGUGACAGUUUCUGCAGCUAAUGGCAUCCAGCACGGCCCACGCUGCCAAGUCAAAGAGUCGGUUUAGCGAGUCGAGGGAAUCCACUGAAUGGUCAGACAGAUGGAGCAGUUUGUAAUAGGGAGGUGAUAUUGGAAUGAGUGCUGUUACAGAAAGAACAGCAGUGUUUGACGGAUUUCAAUUAACUGUCUUUUCUUUUACAACCUUGGACUUUGUCAGAAAGUGCCUGGACACUCACAUUGGAAGUGGAGAGUAUGUGUACAUAUAGAUGUAUAUUUGUUAUGUGAAUAGUAUGUGAAUAAACCGCUACAUGUUUGGACAGAUUUAACAACUUAUAAAGUAACCACAAAAAAAGUUGAAUGUACUGUACUGUAAAUGACCUUUUGAUUCAUAACUAUACCGCCAAAUGAUGUGAUGCAUCUUCAGCCAGCUGUGGAUGUCACACAAAAGCCAUUCCAAAGCCCCCUCCAUGAUGCCCGCUUGUAGCCAUCCCAGCCCAUGUAACUCCAAGUUUUUUGACUUUCAGCCUGUCAUUCCCGCCUGACUCAUUGCAGAGUCAUUCCCCAUCUCAUCUGUUCUUCUGUACAGUAUGUUGUGUAAUGGUCCAGUGUAUUUUAAGAUUGCUGAAACAAGGUGGAAGAACAGAGGACUUUUGUCAUGCAUUCUGAUCUUCCUGUCUGGAAACAACCUUUGGGCUGAUUCCUCCAUUUUUAUUUUCAUUGUUGCUUUUUUUGGUUUUAUAAGUGUUUGUGUACGGUACUGAAUGGACUGAAAAGACUACUGUGUUUUUGACCCUGUGUUUGUGGACAGGAAGGGGAACAUGAAGGCAGACAUGUCACAGGGCUUUGAGGGUUAGAGGGGUUUUUGUUCUUAACAGAAGAUAAAUAAAGGUUCUUUGACUGGGGA